GUGUAGCACUGAUUUGUCUAUAAACUUUUUAAGUGUUGCAUUCGCAGAGACACUACACACAGAACAGAGAUCUCACAGAUUCACCGGCGAUGGCUCAGCCACUCGUGAAAAAAGACGAUGACCGCGACGACGAAGAUCGUUGAACAAGUUUCUGGUGAUGAGUUGACAGUGUAGAUCUUUUAGCUUUGUUACAUUUUUCUUUUUUCUUAGGUCCCGAGUCAGGGUGAUGUAUUGUGACGAGUCCUGCUCAUUAAUGUCGACGUAAUUGUGGGCAAAAUGUAAAUGUUACUAAUUGUGAUUUGAUUUUGGUUACUGAACAGCCGAGUAUUCCCCCUUUCUGGGAAUAGAAAAGGGGGCCGUUCUUCAGGAGGCCAGGGUUUUCAAUGACCCGCAAUUAGAUGCUAGGAGAUGUUCACAGGUUAUUACAAAACUCCUAUACCUUCUGAAUCAGGGAGAGACAUUUACAAAGAUUGAAGCCACAGAAGUUUUCUUUGCUGUGACAAAGCUGUUCCAGUCUAAAGAUAUGGGAUUAAGGAGAAUGGUCUACCUGAUGAUAAAGGAGAUCUCCCCCUCUGCAGACGAGGUUAUUAUUGUCACAAGCUCUCUCAUGAAGGACAUGAAUAGCAAGAUUGAUAUGUAUAGGGCAAAUGCCAUUCGAGUACUUUGUCAUAUCACAGACGGAACCCUCCUUGCCCAAAUUGAGCGAUAUUUGAAACAAGCAAUUGUAGAUAAAAAUCCGGUUGUUGCAAGUGCUGCUUUAAUUAGUGGCAUUCAUCUACUCCAAACUAAUCCUGAAAUUGUAAAAAGAUGGAGCAAUGAGGUUCAGGAAGCUGUUCAAUCAAGAGCAGCCCUCGUACAGUUUCAUGCACUGGCUUUGCUGCAUCAGAUACGACAGAAUGACCGGCUAGCAGUUAGCAAGUUGGUUACCAGCUUAACAAGGGGAACUGUUCGCUCACCUUUAGCCCAGUGCCUUUUGAUACGUUACACAAGUCAGGUUAUUCGUGAGUCAGGCAAUAAUACACAGUCAGGGGAACGCCCCUUCUAUGAUUAUCUUGAGAGUUGCCUUCGCCACAAGUCAGAGAUGGUGAUUUUUGAAGCUGCCAGGGCAAUAACAGAGUUCAAUGGUGUAACAAGUCGAGAAUUAAAUCCAGCAAUUACUGUUCUUCAGCUAUUCUUAAGUUCUUCAAAGCCAGUCUUGAGAUUUGCUGCUGUCCGCACCUUGAACAAGGUGGCUAUGACACAUCCAAUGGCUGUCACUAACUGCAACAUUGAUAUGGAAAGUUUAAUCUCUGACCAGAAUAGAAGCAUUGCCACCCUUGCUAUUACUACACUUUUGAAGACAGGAAAUGAAUCUAGUGUGGAUCGUCUUAUGAAGCAGAUCACAAAUUUCAUGUCUGAUAUUGCUGAUGAGUUCAAAAUUGUUGUUGUUGAAGCAAUAAGAUCAUUGUGCCUGAAGUUCCCUUUGAAAUACCGAUCUCUGAUGAACUUCCUGAGUAACAUUCUUAGGGAAGAAGGUGGUUUUGAUUACAAGAAGGCAAUUGUAGAUUCAAUUGUAAUCCUCAUUAGAGAUAUCCCUGAUGCAAAGGAAGCUGGAUUACUUCAUCUUUGUGAGUUCAUUGAAGAUUGUGAAUUUACUUAUUUGUCGACACAGAUACUUCACUUCCUGGGAAUUGAAGGACCAAAAACAUCAGACCCAAGCAAAUAUAUUCGUUACAUUUAUAAUAGAGUACAUCUUGAGAAUGCAACUGUUAGAGCCAGUGCUGUGAGCACACUGGCAAAAUUUGGUGCUGCAGUUGAUGCAUUAAAGCCCCGCAUAUUUGUUCUGCUAAGGCGAUGUCUUUUUGACAGUGAUGAUGAGGUUCGCGAUAGAGCAACACUUUACCUGAACACAGUUGGAGGUCAUGGUUCUGUUGUUGAGACUGAUAAAGAUGUAAAGGACUUCCUGUUUGGGCCAUUUGAUAUCCCACUUGUCAAUCUAGAGACUAGUUUGAAAAAAUAUGAGCCUUCAGAAGAAGCUUUUGACAUUAACGCUGUGCCCAAGGAGGUCAAGUCCCAGCCACUUGCAGAAAAGAAAGCCACUGGUAAAAAGCCAACUGGUUUGGGUGCUCCUCCAAGUGGUCCCCCAUCAACUGCAGAUGCGUAUGAAAGGAUGCUUUUGUCCAUUCCGGAGUGUGCAAACUUUGGGAAACUUUUUAAGUCCUCAGCACCUGUGGAGCUCACUGAAGCUGAGACAGAAUAUGCAGUUAAUGUUGUCAAACACAUUUUUGAUAGGCAUGUUGUGUUCCAGUACAACUGCACAAACACAAUACCAGAGCAGUUAUUGGAAAAUGUUAUUGUAAUUGUGGAUGCUUCAGAAGCAGAUGAAUUCUCUGAGGUGUUCUCCAAGCCUCUCAGGUCUCUUCCAUAUGAUUCACCUGGACAGACUUUUGUGGCAUUUGAGAAGCCUGAGGGAGUGCCAACAGUUGGAAAAUUUUCCAACAUUCUGAAAUUUUUUGUUAAAGAGGUUGAUCCAACCACUGGUGAGGCUGAAGAUGAUGGUGUUGAAGAUGAAUACCAGCUGGAGGAUCUUGAGGUUGUUGCAGCAGAUUACAUGUUGAAAGUGGGGGUGUCUAAUUUUAGGAAUGCAUGGGAAAGCUUGGGCCCUGAUUUUGAACGAGUGGAUGAGUAUGGUCUUGGUCCGAGGGAGAGCUUGGCUGAAGCCGUAAACACUGUUAUCAACCUUCUUGGCUUGCAGCCCUGUGAGGACACAGAAGUUGUUCCACCCAAUUCAAGAUCACACACAUGUUUAUUGUCGGGUGUAUUCAUUGGUAAUGUAAAGGUGCUUGUGCGAUUGUCUUUUGGACUUGAUGGUCCAAAGGAUGUUGCAAUGAAAGUGGCAGUCAGAUCUGAGGAUGAGAGUGUAAGCGAUGCCAUUCACGAGAUUGUGGCAAGCGGCUAAUCCAUUGAGUCAAGAAAUGUUGAGUUAAACGGCUGAUCUUUUUGUCAAUGAGAUUGGAGUUAAACAGGCACAUAGGUAGACGUGUGUAAAGAAUUACAAAAUUGUUGGUUGGUCCUAGUUCACGUUUUGUUUGUCCUUUCACUCAGUGCAUUCUUGUUAGACUAACAACUAUACUGGAAGUGUCAGAUCGAGCUUACUAGAGCACACUUCCUCGUGAUUAUACUUCAUUUUCCCUUGUAGUGAAUGUAAGAUGAAUUUUGAGAAUUUGCCUUAAUCAAUGACCGUGUCCUCAAUGAAUUGGAUACUUGUUGAAUGGCAAUUGUUAAUUACAAAAGACAUCGCUCUUGAGCCUGUCCAAAUUUACU